CGGUGGAAAUAAAUCAUGCAGAUUCAUUCACUGCCAUAUUAUAUAUAUAUAUAUAUAGAUAGAUAGAGAGAGAGAGAGAGAAUUUGUUUAGUUGGUAGUUUUUUCCUUCAGUGACGUAGCAGAUCAACAUUCAUUUUCAUUGUGAUUGUGAUUGUGAUUGUGAUUGUGAUUCGAGAGAUUAGAGGAUGGGAGACAGCAGCAACAGCAAGAGCAAGAGGAGAGUGGGGGUGGCGGUGGAUUUCUCCCCGUGCAGCAGAAAGGCAUUGCGAUGGGCUCUGGAGAACCUGAUACGAUCCGAUGAUGAGCUCAUCCUGAUCACCGUCCUCCCCCAGGCAUAUUACGAGACUGGCGAGAUGCAGCUCUGGGAGACCACCGGUUCUCCUUUGAUUCCAUGGAGUGAAGUUUUGGAUCCCCAUGUGAUGAAGAAAUAUGAGGCCAACCCAGAUCCUGAAACGCUUGAAAUCGUCAGUAAUGCCUCCAAACAGAAUGGGAUGAGCGUGUUCAUGAGAAUCUUCUGGGGAGAUCCCCGAGAGAUGUUGUGCGAAUCAGUGGGCAAGACUUCCCUCGACUGUCUAGUCCUCGGCAAUAGAGGUCUCGGCACACUCCAAAGGGCUAUUAUGGGCAGCGUUAGCAACUAUGUGGUGAACAACGGUACCUGCCCUGUUACCGUCGUCAAGAGCUAGUGAGUGGGUCGGGACAAAUCAUCAUCAUCAUCAUCAUCAUCCAGAUGAGGUUAGUUUUGUUCUUCAUAUGCUUUUGCAACUUGAGGAGGAAGAAUAAGUUAUAGACAGAGAGAUAUAGUCAUCAUUCUUUUGUUUUUUUUGUUGGUGUCUUUGCUUGCAUUAAUUGUGACUGUGGCGAGAGGGCUACGCAGACAGUAGUGUAGUGUUCCUUUUACCUUGUUUCCCUGGCUGAAAGUGAAUCAUUA